CAUCAACUCGCCACCAUGAAGACUGUAGCCACGUUCUGUGUCAUUGUAUGCAUUCUGUACAAGAUCAUAUUGGUUGUUGGGGAUGACCAAGUCGAGGGUCAGUCUGUUCAGUCACGGCGGACUGCGCGGGAUGUGACUGACCCAGCCGCAAUCGACUGCAAGAUGAGCCCCUGGACAGAAUGGAGCAACUGUGACCCCUGCUCCAAAAUCAUGUUCCGCUCUAGGAGCGUGGAGGUUUUCGGUCAGUUUAAGGGCCUGGCCUGCACGCAGCCCCUCGGAGAUCGCAAGCCCUGCAGGACAGACCAGGCGUGCGAGGAGGAGCUGCCCCCGCAGUGCUCCAGCACAGAAUUCGAGUGUGAAUCAGGCACCUGCAUUAAGAAAAGGCUGGUAUGCAACGGGGACAAUGACUGUGGGGACUUUUCCGAUGAAGAUUGCGAGCAGGACCCCCGCCGGCCCUGCGGCAAUCAGGACCUGCAGCUGUCCGAGCUGGGAAGGACCGCUGGAUAUGGCAUCAACGUGCUAGGCUCAGAACCCAGAAGCAAUGCCUUCAACAACGACUUCUUUAACGGGCUGUGUACCCGCGUCAGGGACCCGAGCACCUUGGAAUAUCACCGUGUACCGUGGAACGUCGCGACUUUGAACUACGCUACAAUCUCAGAAGAGUCCUUUUCCAAGGAGAUUUAUGAAGAUACCAGCUCACUGCUGAAGGAGAUUCUGGAGGAAAGAAAAAGCUCUCUGAGUCUGGGACUCUCUUUCAAAUUUAAACCCACAGAAUUAAGUCUGAGUCCAAAUUCAACAGCGAAUGCAAAUAUAGAUUUGCAAUAUGGACAUUCCGACAGCAUAAAGAAAAUAACUGAAUAUUCCUCAACUAAGAACCGGAGUUUCAUGAGAGUAAAGGGCAAGGUGCAGCUGAGCACCUUCAGAAUGAGGUCACGUGACCAAAUGACGACAGAGACGUUCCUGGAUGACGUGAAGUAUCUGCCGGUGGAGUACGCCAAGGGGGAAUACUUCAGGUUCAUGGAGGAUUAUGGAACACACUAUGCGGCAUCUGGGAAGGAGGGAGGCGAAUAUGAGCUUGUCUACGUGUUAAAUAAAGAUACCCUGAAGACCAAAAAGCUGACAGAGCGAAACAUCCAGGACUGCCUCACCCUAGACAUGUCUAUUGACUUCCAGGGUACCCCCAGUCUAGAGAAAGCAAAGGCACACGUUAAACCUGGCUUCUGUGAUGACGUGAAGACCUCAGAGGAUGGACAGGGCGAUGGGAAGGCACUCAUUGACAAGGUGGUGACAGCUGUCAAGGGGGGGACGAUCCAAACCGCCACACGCUUCAGGACGCAGAUACAGAGGGAUGGUGUGCUGGAUGUGGAGACCUAUGUGCAGUGGGCCAAGUCGCUCGAGGUCGCCCCUGUGCUGAUAAACAACCAGCCCGAGGCCAUCCACUCCCUCAUUCCACUGAAGAUGCCCCACGCCGAAGCCAAGCGGGAGAACCUGCAGAGGGCCAUCGAGGACUACAUCGCCGAGUACAGUGUGUGCAAGUGCCAGCCCUGCCACAAUGGAGGCACCAUCACCCUGAUCGAUGGCCUGUGCCACUGUCUCUGCCCCCCUGAGUUCGAAGGGCUGGCAUGCCAGACAAUCAAGUCGGAUCUUCUGAAAGAGCGUGGCGAACCCAUCCCCCAAGAAGGAAAUUGGGGUUGCUGGUCUGCAUGGAGCAGCUGCAGUGGAGGCCGAAGGUCUCGAACCCGCAGCUGUAACACCCAGGGCCUGACCGGUGCAUCGUGCAAGGGGGAGACCCUCAGCACCGACUACUGCUGAAACACAGCUGUGGCACAGUCAGGGCCCGCUCUCUGUCACACAAACAAACUGCAAAGCAAAAUGGAUUCCCUCUCAUCAGCAGUUGAAUGUUCUACAAACCUUUUCACUUUUUUAAAGCACGUAAAUUCUGAAUUAUUUG